AUGGGGACCAGAGGCUACUGUGUCUAUCGCCAUCGGGCAAAGUAUGUUGCAAGAUACAACCACUAUGACUCCUAUCCCGAAAACUUUGGCGUCCAAAAGGUGAAGACCAUCCCCCGCAACCCGUCUGCAUACAAAAAAUGGCUCGAGAAAAUGCGGGGGCUGUUAGAGCGGCUUUUUCGGCGUGCCGGCGUGGUCGAGGAAGAGAGUGAUGAUGGCGAGGAUGAACGAUACCACGUCGAUGACGAUGACCUCGAUAUCGAAGAAGUCAAGAUCUCGGAGGAGCGGCCGUACCCAGAUAUGCUAAUCGAGUACGUCUAUGAGAUCGACCUCGAUGAUGAGGUCUUCUGGGUGAAUGGGAUGCCGAUAUUCCGACUAGAUCGCAUGCCGACGGCGGAGGUGUUCCUCGAGGUGCUGGGCGAAGACAGCUACGGCCACUUUGCGACGACGGAGAGCGUGCCAUCUAGGCAUAGGUAUAGGAUCGCUGCUCCCCCGCAGCCACUCAGCGCAGACAUGGCAUCAUAUGAAUCCCUCCGCGGAUCGACCAGCGUCGGCACCGAUAUUUACGAGCUGCUGAGCGUCGCCGAAGAGCCUUCCCCGGACGAGCGCGUGUGCAUUCGUCUGUACGAGGUCAUCGUAGGGGUGUUGAUGCGCAGCCGCAAAUUUGUUUCCCCCCUCCUCGCCUCACAGAUAACGCCCUUGGCGCCAUCAACAAUCCCACCCUAUAUCGUCUCGACGGCCAAGUCUCUCGUAUUCCGUGCAUUUCUGCCCAUGGUCUUCCAUCCUGACGUAGCGCUUUCGAGCGAGGAAUGGAUCGAGGAGCAGGGGGAUGGGGAUGGGGCGGAGAUGCUGUGGUUGAAGCCGGAUGUCUGCUUCAGCGCGGGCUUCUACUUGGAGCACGACGAACAUCUUCGUGCAGCUGUUGGAAGGAUGGUUCGCAGUAUUCAGCAAACCUCCAAGCCCGGUGUUGUCUACGGCAUCAUAUGCUCAGUUUUCCACUGUGUCAUUGUUCGAUUCGAGCUUGGUUCAUUCCAACAUACACCUGCAUUGCGAUUCCUGCCCUCACGAUUUGCCGACUCGCCUUCCACUCCUGGGAUCACCGCAUUACUACGCCUCGCGUACGCGCCGAGAUACAACGACGCCCUCAGUGAGAUAGUCCUCAGCAAAUGGCAGUUCAAGCCCAGACUCGAUGCACCUCAGGCGACAUACAUGGACAGACUCCCACCGGAGCUCAUUGCCCGGAUUGCAUCCUUCAUCCCAGAUCUAAAGACCCUCCUCGCCUUCGCCUCGCUCAACCCGACCACAGCAGCGCAGGCAGGCUCCGAACUUCGCUUCCCGUUCAUAGGGGACUACCAUCUGCUGCAGGUCAAGACACACGACGACCUCACACAGGCAAUGUUUGUCGGUAGGAAUGGGCGGGGGCGGACAACGACGCUGUGUGUCCAGGGUAUGGGUCCAGAUGAUACGAUGUACAACACACAACAGCGGUUUGGCAGCGAGUGCUAUUCGGUGUUUACACAUAUCGAAGACGCGCGGGAUGCAGCGUACGUUUUGCAGGCAGUGCAGAGUCGGUACUAG